AUGCGUGUAGUCUAUUCUGUAAAAGAGAAGGUGCUUAUCGGAAGUUUACUGCAGUUGUAUUUGUAUGCAUCACGUUAUUAUUAAAUUUGAUCGGUUUACGAUUUGAUCAGCUGUAUAACUUUUUUGAGACAUAAUCUUUACAAAAUCUAUUUGCUCGUAAUAACCACUUAAAAUGGUUAAAUUAACUACAGAAUUAAUCCAACAAUCAAUGCAGUAUAUAAAUCCUGUACGAGACAGAGAGUUGGAUCUUCGAGGUUAUAAAAUACCGACAAUUGAAAAUUUAGGAGCCACUCUUGAUCAGUUCGAUACAAUUGAUUUUUCGGAUAAUGAUAUAAGAAAAUUAGAUGGAUUUCCAUUCCUAAAAAGAAUAAAAACUUUAUUUUUCAACAAUAAUAGGAUUGUUAGAAUCGCUGAAGGCUUAGAAAAUUACAUACCUAAUUUGGAAAUAUUAGUACUUACUGGAAAUAUGAUUCAAGAAUUGGGAGAUUUAGAUCCUCUGAUUCCUCUUAAAAAUCUUCAGCAUUUAUGUUUGUUGCAAAAUCCUGUUUCUGCUAAACCACAAUACAGACAGUAUAUAAUAUACAAAUUUCCUCAACUUCGGCUCUUAGAUUGCCGUAAAAUAAAAAUGAAAGAUAGAGCAGAAGCUGUUGAAUACUUCCAAAGUAAACGAGGUAAAGAAAUGGCACGAGAAAUAGCUAAAAAAGCAAAAAUGCAAGCAGCUAUGGGCAACUCUGAUAAAACAGUAAUGAGUGAUGCUGAAAAAAGUAAAAUUAAAAAUGCCAUCUCUAAUGCGACAUCUUUAGAUGAAGUGAGACGAUUAGGAAAAUUGCUUCAAUCAGGAAACCUUCCUAAUGAGGGAGCUCAACAGAACGGAGCCAAUGGCACUGUCGAGGCUAUGCAAGAGGAUGAUGAUUAAGUAUAAAAUUCAAUUAAAAUUUUUUCAUGAUAAUAAAAGCGAUUAAAGUCACACAUACA